UGCCUAAUUGAUAAGUGUUGAAUUUCCUUAUUUUAUUGACCCAAGUGGAAACAUAACUUAAUUUAAAUUCUUUGAAUAUUUCCCUCAUAAUUUCUGGCUAAUUGAGGACUGCUUAAAUACUUGCCACAUUAAAUGGAAGCCCAUUGAAUGCGAAGGACUUUUGUCUGGACUCGAACGAACUUUGAUGUUUUUGCCGGCUUAGACAUUCCACGGUCUGGCAGUCACUGACCCAUUGGAGCGCAACUGGGCAGUGUGAGGAGCGGCAGGCUUUGAGCUGGCCUUCACAAAAGGCUAACCAAAUUUAAUAUUUUCCCACCUCCCGGAAGGGGGAAGCACCCAAAAUGAGUAAUGAUUUCCCAGUGAAGAAGGAGGAAACGAUGAACAGCCUGAGCAAGCGAUCGCCUUACACCCAGAUUGGGUUGGGAGCUGCCGGCGGCUUCCUCACCGGCUUUGUGUUCCUAAAGACCAGCAAGUUGGUGGCCUUGGCAGCCGGAGGCGCGAUCCUGGCCAUCGAACUGGCCAUGCAAGCAGGCGUGAUCCAGGUGGACUCUUUGAUGAUCCACGAGCCGGGCUCUGAUCAGGCUCGAGGACAGGUACGGAUUGCUGGACAGACCCAUCACCUGGAGGCUUCAAAUCUAGCCAGUAUCGAGCUGCUGGGCGAGAAGGCCAGGAAGGCGUGUGCAUCCAGCCGAAGGCUAUGUGUGGCCUUUCUGGGCGGCUUUCUGGUCGGCUUUGGCUGGGCUUAACCAUGGCAAAUUACCCUACUCCUGUA